AUGUCGACCACCAAAACCGCCACAACAACACUCACCCGCCUCCGCGCCUCCACCCUCAUCACCGUCAUCGCGCCCUCCGCCCGCCCAAUCACCCGCCACGCGUCAGCACGCUCUUUCUCCGCUGGCCCGCGGCUACUCCUAAAAGAAGACGCGCUGCACCACGAGCGCAGCGGUGAGGAGGCGGAAGCAGCGAAACAGGCGCAGAUCCAAAAACAGAGAGACGGCAAGGGCCACUGGCACGAGGAGCUGGCGUCGAAUAGCGAGGUCAACGUCAAGGCGGACCAGGAGGCCGGCGGCGUGGCGGACCACGGGCGGCAUAUGCAGGAGUUGCAGAUAUUGGGGAAGGAGAAGGGGGAGAGGGGGGAGUUGUGA